ACAACAUUGUUCAACUACAUGCUCGCGGGUGCAAAAACAUAAACAACAGUUGUGAAGCGUCAGAUUUGUGUACAAGAAUUUCGGAAGCAUUUCGUGAUUCCUGCUUUGAACAGCUAGAACUUGUCUCUAACUCAUCGAAUUCACUAUCUUUUUUGCCUGCAGCUUUUUUUGGCAUCUGAUUUUUACCAUGUUAAUAGUAACUACUACGGAAUACAUCUGUAUCAAAUAAGGUUCUACUAAUUAAAUUAGCUAAUUAUGUAAGUGAAAAAAAAACAGUUGAAAGCAUACAUUUUUUUUCUCGCCGCACCCGCUCAGAACAGCCAAAGAAGAAUACAAGAUGCUUCCCCGAAUCUGCAUCAAAUUCAAGCUGAAAUAUAUCGUCUCGAUGGCGGUAACCAUUCUGCUUCUGGAUUACUUUGGAGCCUUCACACACAUGUUCGAAACGGAUUUCGAACGAACCUUCAGUUAUCCCAUGGAGGGGGACAUUCUGUCCAAUGUGUACCAACUACGCCAUGGACAACGGCCAGCGGUGGAUCCGAUUAACGUAUACAACUUUUCCUACAUCACAGACUGCCAACACAAAUGUAAAGAAGACGAUCGGCUUAUUGCCCCCCGAUUGGUGCUAAUCGUCAAAUCCGCCAUGGAGAACUUCGAUAGGCGGGUGGCGAUCCGAAAGAGCUGGGGCUGGGAAAAACGUUUUUCCGAUGUGAAAAUAAGGACCAUCUUUGUGUUGGGUCGUCCUGCGGAGUCGAAUCGAAGGCUGCAGUCUUUGAUUGAUCUCGAGUAUGCUAACUAUCGGGAUAUCGUUCAAGGAGAUUUCGUUGAUGCAUACUUCAAUAACACUAUAAAGACCAUGAUGGGCUUCCGGUGGGCGGUCAAUUAUUGUCCCCGUGCCAAAUUUUACAUGUUUGCCGAUGACGAUUUCUACAUUUCGUCGAAAAACUUGCUCAAAUACGUUCGCAACCCGGUUAAUUACCCGGAAUAUCUGGAAGAAACUGACGAAGCGCUUCGCAAGCUGGCCCGAAGACUGAGCCAAACAACGAACAAUAACAACAACAGCUCUCAGCAGGUGGACGCGGUUAUAACGGGGAACUCUUCAGCUGGUGUAUCGAAUGUGCGAUCCAAGCGACAAAUUUUGAACAUGGACAUGGAACUACCCAGCGAUGUGAAGUUGUUUUCGGGUUUCGUGUUUCGGUCUGCACCCCAUCGGCAUCGAAGCAGCAAGUGGUAUAUUUCGCUGCAGGAAUAUCCGUGGGAUAUGUGGCCAACCUACGUGACGGCGGGAGCUUUUCUACUAUCGCAUGAAGCUCUCUUCGAGAUGUAUUAUGUUAGCAUGUACACUAAGCAUUUCAGAUUCGAUGACAUCUAUCUGGGGAUCGUGUCACUAAAGGCCGGAAUUGAGCCGCUACACUCGGAGGAAUUUUACUUUCACAAGGCACCAUUCUUGGGACCGCAAAGCUACAAGUACGUUCUGGCAUCUCACGGGUAUGAUAAUCCAGAGGAGCUGGUAAAAAUUUGGAACGAAGUUCGCGCUGCCGGAUAUGCUUAGAAACGAAAUCAAUUGGUGGAGCGAUGAGGCCAAAUAAGAAUUGAUUAGCAUUUGCUACCAUUUCUUCAGUUUUGAUGUGAGCUAUACCGAAGGUAUCCAAACAUUUGCAUUUGUUUGUAGUCAACCAACGAAAUUAGAUAAAUUGCAUGGAUUAAUUAUCUCACUAUAAUCAUCGAUUAGAAUUUAUCGUAGGAAGCUACUAGUUCGGAAGUCAGUUUUCAGACUUUUCGUAGACUGAUGUGUGAUAAACAAGUUGAAAGACAAACACGUUUAUUACGUGUUACAAAAACAACUUCUUUCAAUAGAGUUCAAUAAAACUAUCGAGAUAUAUUUCAUAAUUAUAAAA